AACAAACACCGUCACCACCACUGCCCACUCCGCCCACUCAGUUGCAGCGGGCUUCUUGAUGUAUCGCGCCCAGGGUUCAUAAACCAGCAGCCAAGUCAUACAGCAAACACAAACCACAACAUUGCCAUCACCGCUAAUCUAUCACCGCUAAUUCUGAAACAACAGCCUUCCAACCCCUUCAAAAAUUCGGCUCGCCAAGCUCCUCAUAAUGGCCGUCUCCUCAAAACCGGGACCAGAUGGCCCUGGGAGCACAGUAGAAGAAAUUCUCUCCGCAGAUUCCACAAUCCAACCCCGGGCCUGUCCCUCCCCACCCGAGAGUAUCCAACCUCUCCCCGACAGGUCAACAAUCAUCACUGCAAAGCCUAUAACGUGUGAUGGGUUCCUUGCCUACGGCCAGGUAAUUGGCAUUCCCGAAAGUGGUAGUAUACUGGAGGCUCAAGCGAAACCCGUACCCGCGAACCAAGGCAGCGCGAAAAAGUAUCCUGGCGUCGCCUCCUAUGAUACCACCCCGCGGGACCGCCACCCCUCGGACACCAAGAUCAGCAUAUUCGUCUCCAAGCCACGUACUGAGGUUCCCGGGCAGUUUGAUCUCCGCGUUAUGGAGCGUCACCCCCAUUCUUCGCAGUUGUUCAUCCCCAUGGGGGUCAAGGAAGAGGAAGGGUUUAGGUAUUUGGUGGUGGUCUCUCCACCCGGGGACCCGAAACCGAGGAUCGAAAAUGCGGAGGCCUUCCUGGUGCACGGCAAGCAGGGGGUUUCUUAUGGUGUGGGGACUUGGCAUGCGCCAAUUGUGGUGUUGGGGAAAGAGGAUGUGCAAUUCGCUGUUGUGGUUGACACAAACGGGGAUCCGCGAGAUGAUACAGAAGAGGUUGAGGUUGAGGGGAAGGUUACAGUUGUGAUUUCAUGAGAGAGUGUGAUGGAAAUGGUGCUGGUUUCUCUUUUCAUAUAGGGAGAUUUGGCGGGGAUGGAUUGCGGGGUGGAAUAAAGAUUUGAUGCCGGUCUUCCUCUUUACAGAGUGUUCAGGAUUGUUUGUGUGUUUUUGUUGUACUCGCCCUGUUUGUGCGUAGGAAUACCUAUGGAUAAGUAAGCGCCGACACAUGAUUCGGCUGCACGGGCUAUAACACACGGCAGGCCUUGGCUAUGUGGUACUAUAUAUGGCAUUAUUCCGUUGUAUCUAUCGAUCACCGCUGUCACUCGAACCAAUCAAGCCACCGACGUGACUUUUUGUGCUUAACGUGGAAAUUUUGUAG